CCCACCCACGAAUAGGAUUGCGGAGCUUCUGUCGAUAGCGCAGGGCUCCGUUUUACGCCUCUCGCCGAAAACGAAGAGUGCUGAGAACAAACCAGUUUUAAAAUAUAAGAGCUUCUUUUAACGGAGCUUCGUCUCUCUUUUUAUAUAUAUAUUUAUAAAACGAGGAAGGGCCUGGAGGUAGUUUAUAAUACAGAGUGAAUAGAGAAGUGAUUAGACGGACGACUUUUGCGGCAAAGAUGCUAUCUUCAAUUGAAAAUGGAUCUGAAAAGGGCUCUCUGGGCACUGAACUCUAGUGAAGAAGCAGUAACCCCACAAUUGUAUUGUUUAGCUUGAUGAGUGCUUUUGCUGUUACUAUAUCAGGCUUCACCUUAAAGUCAGUUGGGCCAUUUCUAUUUUUUGGGGGAUCAGGUUUCAUCUUCCAUUCUUUAACUUUGCAAAAACUCUUUAGGGAGUGCCUUUUUUAUCUUGGGAAACCUGGCAACUCCAAAUAAAAUGAAAAUGCUACAAUUCUUUUGUUAUCCAAAAUACUGCAAUACUUCUCAUUUUAAGUUGUUCCACCUGCCUAGUAAUUGGUGUCUAACCAUAGUCUACUUUGCAGGACUGUGUAAAAUUCUUCAAUUUUUAUGAGAUGAGCCUGAUCAUACGUAAUUUGCAGAGAGCUAUUCCAAUCAGGAGAGUCCCACUUCGCAAGAACAUAGAACAACUCCGUUCUAUUUUGGGUGUGCAAAAGUUUGACCUUGGUGUAAUUUGUGUUAGUAAUAUGUACAUACAGCAACUCAACAGAAUUUACAGACAGAAGAAUAUCCCUACUGAUGUGUUAUCUUUUCCUUUUCAUGAGAAUCUGAAAGGUGGAGAAUUACCCCAGCCCUGUAUUCAAGAUGACUACAAUUUGGGAGACAUUUUUCUAGGAGUAGAAUAUAUCUAUCAACAAUAUAGACAGAACGACAAUGAUUAUAACAGUAUUUUUACAGUGACAGUUGCUCAUGGCAUGUGCCACUUACUUGGUUAUAAACACAAUACAGAAACAGAGUGGCAACAAAUGUAUGAAAAGGAAACACAAAUUCUGCACGAGUUAAGCAAAUUGACAGGCACAAACUUUGAACCUCUGUCAAAACACCAUUUCUAACGUUGUAUUUAUAUGUUGUUUCAUUAAAAUAAAUCUCCUAUUUUCUUAAUUUCUCCUUCUUCCUCAGUCAGCAGAAUACAAUUCCCCGUGAACUAAUUUUGCUAGAAUUAUUAUUUUUUAUUUAUUUUGUCAAGCAUCUAUAAGAUUACAGAUAUAAGUAUAAAAAAGGUUAUGAAUAUACAAAAUGGAUACGAAUAAAUGGGGACAUUAAGACAAGGAUGGUAGGCACAUUGGUGUGCUUAUGCACGCUCCUUACAGACCUUUUAGGAAUGGGGUGAGGUCAACAGUAGAAAGUCUAAGGUUAAAGUUGUGGGGGUUUGGGGAAGAAACCAAAGUCAGGUAGUGCAUUCCAGAUAUUAACCACUCUGUUGUUGAAGUCGUAUUUUUUGCAAUCGAGUUUGGAGCAGUUUACCUUAAGUUUGUAUCUAUUGUGUGCUCGUGUAUUGUUGUGGUUGAAGCUGAAGUAGUCAUUGACAGGUAGGACGCUGUAGCAGAUGAUUUUAUGUACUACGCUUAGGUCAGACCGAAGGCAGUGUAGUUCUAAAUUGUCUAAGUCCAGAAUUUCAAGCCUCGUAGCAAUCAGGCCACAAAAAUGCUUUGAAAGUUCCUAAUUGCCCUCCUGCGUCUAUUCUACCUUUAUCACUGCUGCUGCUCCCUCUUGAAAACUGUGUUGGCCAGGUACUUGAACUGCUUUAGGGUCAAAGCACUGUUUGUCUCUUCCAUCCCUAUCCAACUGUUGCACACCCAAGAGAACCCAGCAAUAUCUUCUUCCACUGAAGGUCACAAUUAUAACCCCUCUAUGAUGAAUCACACCGUUCCAAAUGUUGCUGUUGGUUCACAAGCUCACAGUUCCAAACCGGUAGUGAAGGUAGGUGAAACCCACUACUGCUAACUCCCCAGGCCCAUAUACACGUAUCAAAACCUUGGUUAUACAGCAAGUACUAGAGACCUCCCAAAUAUUCCUGCUAAACUGUAAUUUUUAAUCUUCCACUCUUUGAACUUCGGCUUUGACAUGCUAAUCAUAUAUAAUUCUCAGCCUGAAAAAUAUGACUGAAGAACAGGGUGUUUUACUUUUUUCUCAUACAGGGAUUGGCUUCCUCUCCCUUUGCAACUUUCUAAAAAGAAACAAAUGCGACCCAAGAAGAGCUGACGCUUGACGUUAGAUCUUCCCUACCUGCUCUUUUUCCAGCAAUAGGCAGGUGCCCAGCCACUUAAUUCUGAAGACUGUUCAAAGUAUG